UGUGUCCUCUUUGUAGUUUUGUGACUUUUGUUGCAGGAAUUUAUUUCUGCACAUAUUCUAACUUUAAUAUAGGCAACCCAAUAUACACGCGACAAGUGUACUAACUCCAUAUGACAAGUUCUACCUAAGUCGCGAAAACUUCGUCCAAAUAACGAGUUAAAAACAUACACGUAAUCCCAACGAAUCGCAUAUUACCGUGUAAUACCGUAGAAUAUAAGUGUAGUGCAAUUCUUUCUAAAAAUAUCUUACACGCAACAUGGUUCUCCCCAGUUUUUAUUCAAUACUUUACGUUACUGCGGUGCUACAAACUCUAACCUGCAUGGUCGCAGCCUCGAAUUUAGCGACGAGUAAAAAAGAUUUGUUAAAACAAACCAAGCUGCCACCAUGUCGUGCCUGCCGAUUAUAUGUAGACUCAUUCAAAGCUGGGAUGAAAAAAACUGAAAACAGUAAAUUUGAAGGAGGUGACGCCGCCUGGGAGGAAGAAAAACUGCGCACAUAUGCAAAAAGCGAAGUGCGACUUGUUGAGAUACAAGAAAAAGUCUGUGAGGAUGUUGUUGAGGGACAAGCACAAUGUUAUGCUAUGAAUGAACAGCAUGACACUGAUAUAGAAGACUGGUGGUUUCACAAGCAGGAUGACCAUCCUGAUCUAUUUCAGUACUUUUGUAUUGACUUUGUGAAGCAUUGUUGUCCUGAGCAGCAUUUUGGUGUGAAUUGCACAGCUUGUGAUGGCUUCCCAGAUGAUAUCUGCAGUAAUAAUGGAAAGUGUAAAGGUGCAGGCACAAGAAAAGGCAAUGGUCAAUGUGCUUGUGAUCAAGGAUAUGCAGGAUUAAGGUGUGAGACCUGUGCAGAGAAGUAUUUUGAGGCAUACAAGGAUGAAAAGAAGUUGUUGUGUGCACAGUGUCAUGCUAGCUGUGAGGGAAGUUGUACUAAAGCAGGACCCACAGGAUGUUUAAAAUGUGCACAUGGAUGGAUUUCUGACAAAGAAAAAGGCUGUUUGGAUUUAAAUGAAUGUGCGGCGCCGAAAUCUCCCUGCAGUCCGCUGCAGUUCUGCGUGAAUUCCGACGGGUCGUACAAAUGCUUGGACUGUGAUAGAUCGUGCGCAGGAUGCACGGGAGAUGGACCAGAUAUGUGCAUCAGGUGCGCUAGUGGCUAUGUUCUCAGGGAAAAUAUGUGCGUUGAUUCAGCUCAAGAAAGUCGACAAAACUAUGUGCUCUUCACACGUUACGCCACCUACGCCGGUUUAUGCAUCGCAACUUGCAUCAUUUUCCAGCGUAGUAUGGUUUUGGCAAGCGCAAUUGGCCUUCUGGUCGGCCUUUACAUCACCACAUCUGAAUACGUACUGAAUUCGGCGCCUACGCCCAACCAGACCCACCUAGCCGAGCAAAUAAUGCGCGCGACUAGUGAUCUUAACUAAUCAACAUUUAUUUAAUUCCUUAAUUCAUAUAAUUGACGAAGUUACAUUAAUUUCUUUCUGUGUUAUCAUGAUUCAUGAGUAGCGAAGCGUAAAGAGAAGUGCGUUUAUUAGUUCAAUUGUGUGAAUGUCGCUAGUCAAUUCUAUUUAAUAAAAAACACACCACUCAUGAGCAA